ACCCCUCCUCAAGGGCGAGAUGAUGUUCCCUUCCCUGGCGCUGCUGUUUGCUGCCCUCCCCGUAGCAAAAGGCAGCCCUGUGCCGCACACAUCCGGCCGUGACAAAGUCCUCCUGGUGUCCUUCGAUGGCUUUCGGUGGGACUACGACCAGGACGUGGACACCCCCAACCUGGACGCGAUGGCUGCGGAGGGGGUGAAGGCGCAGUACAUGACCCCUGCCUUCAUCACCCUCACCAGCCCAUGCCACUUCACGCUGCUGACCGGAAAAUACAUGGAGAAUCACGGGGUCAUCCACAACAUGUGCUUCAACACCAGCACAGGGGUGAAGCUGCCCUACUACAGCACGCAGGGCAUCGACAGCUGGUGGGACAACGGCAGCCUGCCCAUCUGGAUCACGGCGCAGAGGCAGGGUUUAAAGACAGGCUCCAUCCAUUUCCCUGGGACAAAAGCGAAAUAUCAAGGAGAAGAAGUGAGCAUGAAGCUGGUGGAGCCCCCCCUGUUCAACUACAGCAACGAAACCAUUUGGAGACAGAACAUCGACACCGCCAUGGAAUGGUUCACAGUGAACAACCUCGACUUCAUCACUCUCUACUUCGGUGAGCCAGACUCAACAGGACACAAAUACGGCCCUGAAUCCACACAGAGGAGAAACAUGGUCGGCCAGGUGGACAAAACCAUCGGCUACUUAAGGCAGAGGAUCAGGGAGAGCGGCUUGGAAUCAAACCUCAACCUCAUCAUCACAUCUGACCACGGCAUGGAGACGGUCAUAAAGAGCAAUGAGAUCUACCUCCGGAACGUCGAGAACUUCACGUUCAGUGACAUCCAGUUUGAACUCUUAGAUUACGGACCCAACGGGCUGCUGAUACCCAAAGAAGGGAAAUUAGAGCACGUGUAUUCAGUCCUGAAAAACGCCCACCCGAAGUUACACGUGUACAAAAAAGAGGAGUUUCCAAAGAGAUUCCACUACGCCAACCACCCCCGGAUCACCCCGCUCCUGAUGUACGGUGAUCCGGGCUAUGUGAUCCACGGGAGAUACAAGGUGCAGUUCAACGCGGGGGAGCACGGCUUUGACAACGAGGCCAUGAACAUGAAAACCAUCUUCCGCGCCGUGGGGCCGGCCUUCAAGCAGGGGCUCCUGGUGGAGCCGUUCGAAAGCGUCAACGUCUACGCGCUGCUCUGCGAGCUGUUGGGCAUCGCUCCGGAGCCGCACGACGGCUCCCUGGAGGUCACGAGGCCGAUGCUGCGUUCCAGUGCUCCUCUCCUUGCUGCCAUAAAGCUGCCAGUGACGCUGGGAAUCGCUCUCAUCCUGAGCUGCGGGAGAGGAGUAUACUAAUCGCUACCAGAGGAAGCAGCCCAGGAUCCCUCGCAGGGGCUCAGGAAGAAGCACAACUGCCGUCUCGGGGUCCUGGGCGCUGCCCUUCCACCUGGGGCACAGCAUGGCAGCUGCCCCGACCCCAUCCCAGAUGCUGAAGUGCCUCUCCCCAACCCUGUGCCUCAUCUCAGGGGCUCGAUAAACAUCUGUUGCCAUAGA